GUUCUCGCGGUAGUGUGUGCGUGUGCGAUUCUGCGUGUCGCCCAUCGACCGCGGACUUGUGUAAUAUCAACGCACUCUCGCGUUCGCCGCAUCGCACGUGCGACACACAGAGCGUUUAACGGUUUACCGUGGUACGUCGCGCGUCCGUUUUCCGCCCGCGGUCACGGUGAUUUUCGCUGGACGCCGACGCGCUAUCGUUGUCGUUGACGACCGCGAGUUGUUGCCGUUGUCGCGGUCGUUCCUACUCUCGUCGCCGCCGCCCACGCGUACUAUCACGCGCGCAUACGACGCGCACCGCGUCCGCGGUUAUUAUUGUGCACGCGCGCAAUAACCGGACGUCGAACGGCACCGCCGCCGUCGUAGUCAUGUCCGACGAAGCACCUCCGCCGGCGCCGCCGUCACAGACAUCGCCACCACUUACGCCGCUGCCGCCGCCGCCGCCGCCGCCGCCACCGCCACCGGCACAACAAUCGGACGACGACGGUGAUGGAGGUGGUGACGGAGAAGACGGCGGCGAAGACGUUGCUGUGCCGGCACCAGAAGCGUCCACUGCGGCGGCCGACCGGGGUAAGAAAAUAACUUUGCAUGCGAGGGCGCGGGGCGUCAUAGUAAACACAGUAUGAAUAUUUUACGAGCCCGCGUGAUGGUAAACAUUAAGUACGACGAGCGCGUUGCCAAAGUCGUGUACUGCCCGUGCUCGUAUAACAAUAUAAUAUAGCGAACGUCGAACCCCGCUCCCCCCCCCCCCCCCCCCCCCCACCCGCCCCCUCAGACCUCCGUUUUCUCCGGUACAGACGAUAUCGAUUCGUCCGAUUACAAUCGGACACACAUUGAAAAGGCGACCUUUUGUCGUGCGUAUUAUAUCACUUGUCUCCCCGUCACCCCACGGCCAAUUAAAUAUACCUGCAUACGCAUGUAUCCGUGGCAACGGGAUUACAGGGAAAGGGACGUUCGGGUUGUUGAAAAUCCCUCCAAUCUCGGGGAUGGGGAGGGGGAAAUAAUUUAAAAACAAUUUAAUACGGUCCGCUUUCAUAGCGGAUCUGCGCAAAUCCAAAACCAAUGGGUAUUUAUUUAAUUGUUCAAGGAACACCUUAUCAAUCGUGUCACUCUCUCAACGAUUGCAGUAUCCGACUAUAAAACAUAACAUAUAGAUCAACAAAAUUGUAAGUAAUAACACGUAUAUAGUUAAUAAACAAACAAAACAAUAUUCCGCCAAUUAUAUUAUAUUGUAUAAUAUAUGAUAGUUUAAAACAAAUUACGAUUACAUUUGAAGUUUGAUACGAUUGUUUUGAUUAUUAUUGGUAGGCACGUAUCAUUUAUUCAGUAUUAUAAACAUUGUUCCCAUAAUAAUAUACACUUUGGAUUGCUGACUAAAAUAUGGAAGUAUAUAACUACGUAAUCCCCAAAACUAUAAAAUUCCGAAAUAUUAAGUUCCUAAAGCGAGUUCUAAAUAUAUGUAAUACACUUUAUUCUGAAACUAUACGCGCACCCCCGCAACCUGACCGCCAUAUAGUCGCAAAGUCCUAAAAACUCCAACUGUCAAAUCUCGCCGUAUUCCAAAAGCUGACCGAAAAUGUACAGCGUUCGAGUGGCUUAAUCAUACACCACGCUCCUGAAAGUUUUCAAAACGUGCCCAUUAUAGUUCCGUUGCACUUCACAAACAGUCUCACUUACCCUAUCUAUGUCUCGCAACAGUCGCAACAAAUUGACGUCACAAUAUUAUUAUUAACCCGUUUUACGGUUUCGGGCGAAAUUGUCCAAUCCGAAGCUGCGAAUUUACGAUAAACUAUAUGCAAAGUUAUGUCUUUUCUUUUUAAGGGACAACGGGCUGUAUGACGAAAGCGAAUAGCCGUCCAUUUUUUGUCCUCCGGUGUUCUCUCUCCGUUGUUCUCCAGGUUCCACCGCUUCUACAUCCCUACCAACACAUCUUAAGCGAGGUCGGCAUUAGUAGUGACUUUCCGGUCGGGUUGUUUUCUAUAACAUCCCUUAUUGUCGGUCCCUGUUUUUCCAUGCGUCAUCGCAUGUACUGCACAUUUUAUUAUUUUCGCUGACAUUUAUUUUCGUGAUGCUAGGGCAUCCUCACGUUUUCCAAACAAUUAUUUUCAGAACUUUUCUUUCGAAAACUUUCAGGUUCCGACCUUUUGCACGUCUGUUACGCAAUCAUAAUAACGUGCGCUUUUUUCGAAAAACACUGUCCACUCGUGGAACUAUUCAAACCGAAUUCAGUUUUUGUAAGUACAACCAUUAGUUUUUUCAUUAAGUACCUAUUAUUAUUAUUAUCAAUAGAAGCCUGUCCACGAAUAACAAUUCGAGCCGAUUAUGUAAUAAUAAUUGUAAGUGCUCGUUAACCGAGUUGUAGGAGGUAGGUAGGUAUAUACUUUUUGUUUCGUUAUUAUAUAGUCUCAAGGCCACGACGUAACGACGUACAACGUCAAUACUAUGUGAAUAAUAAUGUUAUUAUAUCAUUUUUUUUUUUUUUUUUGAGAAACUAUCAAUACAAAUGUCUAUCACAUUCGACCGAAAAAUUCGUCGUACACACGUACCUAUCCAUAUAUAUUUAGGUAUAUUAUAAAAUAUAUUGCAUUCAAGGCGAAAGCUAAAAGCGUUGAAUUAUUUAAUUUCCGAAGGAAAGAAAAAAAGAAAUACGAGUUCGGUAGAAUAUUGUAAUAUACCUACCACCGGCGUCCCGUUUGAGAAUUUUAUGCGCGACGAUACAUUUAUAACACGGCGCGUACAAAAAGACCGCAAAAGGUUUUCGGUUAAAUCGGUUCGCGUGUAUAUUAUUACGGUUAAAUGAUCGUUCGGACGCCGGUGAUCAAAAGCGUUUAUCACAUGCUAAUAUAUUUAUAAUGUCGGACUACUGGUUUAGUGUAGGCACACCUUGAAGAAUUAUUAUUUUAAAUAUUCUCUUUCUCUCUUCUAACGCUAUGAUGACAAUAUGAUGAUUGCUAUCAUGUUGUACAAUAUACUGAGGAUUUUUGUCGCCAUCACUGCACUUCACCGUCUGUCUCUGUCUCGAACUAUCUAUGCCUCAUUCCCUGCAGGCCUUCCAAAUCCCCUUCUACCACGUCAACCCAUCUUUUCGUGGGUUUUCCUCUAGGUCUUCAACCCCGAGGUUUUCACUCCGUAUCUCAUCACGUGACGUAACCAUUGAAUUCUUUGGUCCUUAACGUAACUGAUAUUGGUGCUGAUUCCGUCAUAUCGCACAGCUCUUUAACUUCCCCAAUUCCUCGUUGUUUUAUCGAUGACGGGCCCACAUGAUAUUUUCUUCUAGAUUGAGUUCUAAAAUGUUCUCAAGCUUCUCUCUGUUUGGUCGUCGACCGAGCUUCGCGUCCAUACGUUAAAAUUGGUCUUAUAUUAAUGGCUCGGAUGAAAAUACUCGAAUUUGAAAAAUAAUCAAAAAGUUCUGUUUUGUUUUGUUUUUUUUUAAUUUAGGCGUAUUACUACUGUUAUUACCCGUUGAUACCGGUUUGAUAAACAGUCAUAGUUUGUCAAUUGCGAUGCCGCCGCCGUCGUCGUUUGUAUUACUCGUCGGGUUUACAAUAUAAUGUAGCUGAUGAUCCGCCGAAAUCUCUGGAUUAUUCGUGUGCACGAAUAAAACUGUUUAAAUGUACACAACAAGUUUAUAUUAUUCUAUACUCGAGUAUAAUUGCGCGUUACACAGCUGAUCAUCUGCGUGACUAAUAUAGGAACACCGACAAUAUCCCGGCUCUAUACAAGUCUGUCAAGAUUACGCGAGGGUUAUACAAAGUGCCAAAUUUAAUAAUCCAAUCUAAAUUCGUUUCGUGUCGAAAUCGUGUUGUUUCUGUAACGGGAUCAGGCGAAUGGUCGUACAAUGUUUCUAAACGACUAGAACCGUCAUCGUAAAUAUCUAUAAUCUACAUAUUACUCCUUAUCUGGCUGGCUUUUGUUAUGAAUGUUAUUUCCCUUCAAUGUUCAAUAAUUUACAAAACGAUAUUUUAUCUCUAAUGUUAUUACUUAUUACACCGACAAUAAUAUUAUUAUUACCGCUCGUCUAUUAAAAUUAUCUAGCUGAAGUGGUUGGUAUACGAUUGGUGUACAUUAUAUUGUACACCGUCGUGUGUUUUACUCAAAUGGUGCCAUAAAAAUAUUUCAGCCGGAUAGACAUGGUUUGAAAUAUAGUUUUUUUUUUUUUUUUAGGAAGAUCGGCGUUCCAAAAUAUACAUUCGUGCAUGCGAAAUGAAACUUACAUUUUCUUAAAUGGAAACGUCUAUUUUUAACAUAGUCCAAUAAUUUUCCUUCUCAAAAAUGACCCGAGAUUAAGAUUCAUUAUAAAUUUCUAGGAUUUUUUUCUAGAAUUUUCAAAACAUUUUGAACUUUUGUUAUUAUACAGAGUGAUCAAUCUACCGUAUGACGAUCAUUAUCUCGGAAAGUAUUAACUUUUUUCGGAAUUUAUUUUAUAGAAUAUUUAAGAAACUAGCAGAUCUGCAAUUUUAUAUUUAUAUUAUCUUUUGUCACCCUUAUUUUUUUGGGAACAAAACUAAUUCCUACUUUUAAUUUUUAAACGACGGCUUAUAUUUAAAAUUCCAUACAUAGAUGGAGUAUUAUCUGAAAUAAUUUUUGAUGUUGAAAUUUUUGAUUUCUGUCGAUCCGUUGACGAGAUUGACGUCGGGAGAGAGUACUGGAGCUUUAUAUAUGACAAAUGUGUGGCGGUGUGGCGCGCUGCAUUAAUAAAUAUAUCAUAAAAUCUUAUGACUCCACUAAAGAUGUGUGAGACCCCCUCAAAAUGUUUACUUAAAUAUUAAAUUAAAACGCCCAACUUUAAAAAAAAUCCUGCGUUCGUUUUGAAUUAAACAUACUGAGUUAGCCCGAACUUAUUCAGUUAUCGUUUUUAUAAUUAUUUAGGUUAGGUUUCCUUAUAUUUUGUGGAACGAAUGACCUAAUCUAGUAUACUAUUAUUUGUAUGUGUUUUUUAUUUAAGGGUCCGAACCAUUUUUACAUAUUGUUAUUGUACACGCGAUGUCCUGCAAUAUAAAACAAAAUAAUGCAGUUAAAUUCUAUAAUAAUACAAUAUUAUGCUGACUAUACACAAGUGCAUUCGACAAAGGUCAUCGCAUACACAAAGGAAGGGUACUUUUAGUAGAUUGAUGUAAUUAUGUGUUAUAAACGCGUGUAAUUGAUUAAUUAAGAACUACAACAGUUGCGAGUUGAAAGGUCGGGGAAAUUUUAACAGCACACGUAGUAAAACCACUUUAAACAAUAUUGUAUUAUUAUAUUACUACAUUAGACCUUUAUUGUGUCAGUGUAUUUAAUUUGUUUACUGCGUGUACAUCAAAAGGAGCCAGUCGUAGUACAUAGUACAUAAUCAGAAUUUCGUAAAGAUUUCGAAGACAAUAUUUGUUAUACCCGUUUAUUCGAUAUAAUUUGUACGGCGUAUCUAUUCAUGUUAAUUUUACUCUUGUAAAAAAAAAAAACUCCUUACAAUUAUUUCGAAAAUAUUAUACGCUUAUAUUUUUACUACGCCAUUGCCUGUGUUAUUUACAAUUUUUCACUUGUCGGACCAAAAUCGCUUUCAAACUUUUAUUCUUCACGAUUUUUUGAAAAUAGUUUUAAAUACAUGUAUUAUAUAUACAACUGCGAGUUGAUAAUAUUAUUGGGUAAAGCGUGUUACACGGUCAUUUUUCAUUACUGUCUCGAAAUUUUUAUUUUAAAAUAUAAAUUUAGUUAUCGUUCUACAGUACAAUAAUAGGUGCGUCAACGUAUUUUUAGACUUCAAGCGGAACGUGGGAGUUAUUAAUUUUAUGCGUUGAUGUGGACGUACGGGAUUUUUUUCUCGGUGUAAUAAUUCCCCGGUACAAAUCACGCUCAAAAAGUUUAAAUUUCAAAAACGUGUUAUAAAAUUAACUUGGUAUAAGUAUAUAGCUAUCUAGCCGAUAACCCCGACGUAGAGGUCGCCCAUUGUAUUUUCCGUAGUUAAAUGCCACGCGAAAAAUUGCGAAAAAAAUGCGCGAAUGAUGUAAUAAUUAUAUAAUGUAAAUGUUUUUCCUAAUUUUUGACCGAAAAAAUAAAUCUCAAAUAUCAUUUUAAAUUCACCCUGUGAAAUAGCUAGUAAUUAUUCCACGCGUCUUAAAAACAUCUACCUAUCUUUCAAAAUUUUUCAAUUUUCAUAACUGAUAUGGAGAUUUCAUCAAAAUUCUCAUGCAUUUGUUGUACAAUAGUAUCAACAACCGCCAGAGGUUAAAGUGAAGAGACGUUAGAAUUAUUAUUCUGACAAAUGUUUAACGAAAAUUAAAAACUGUAAUUGGUUUUAUAAAAAAUACAUUUUUUGCUGGACUCUGUUUGUCUUUAAUUUUAUUGAGAAGAAGAAUUCGUAGGAUAAUACUCAACGGGAGGGGGUGUAGUUUAUAUUUAACUAUUGUCAGUAUAAUAAAUUUACUAACAGAUGUGUUUGCGAAAGAAACGUAUCGGAAGUCUUAUCUCCACGGUGGGUUUGGUAAAAAUUUAUUAAAUUUAGUCAGUUCCCAGGAAAGCUUCUUAACUGGCUCGACUUUUAAGUCGUUUUAAGUUAACAUAUUCUCCCUUCAAGGAUACCCCAUUUUAACAAUCAACUGACUUUUGCAAAAUUCACAGAUGGUUUUAAGUAUUGAACUAGAUUUACAAUUAAUUCAAGAGCCGGCUCUUCAAAUUACCAAAUAACUUUUCUUUUUUUCUAAGCAGAAGCGUACGCAGGAUUUUACUUCAGUUAGGGUUUAUAUUAUAGACAUAGGCGUAUACAGGAGGGAUACCAGGUAUGCCAUGGCAUUCCCUGUGGUCUGCGGGGCAGUUUUUAGUUCUUUACUAUUUAGUGAGGUAUUUUAUAAAAUUUGUUAUAAACCAGUUUUCAUUUAAGAAAUGUUGAUAGUUAAACUUUCGUUUUUUGUUAAAAAAAGAUUAAAUGGUUACAUCACGGUCUCUUUAACCAUGGUUUUCUUCAAGUACAUUUUAGUGAUAUUGGGAGUUGGGAAAUGACAUAUCACUUCGACGCCAGUAAUGUAACCAUUCACGUUACCUUGCAGAGUUGCACAUAACCAAUAACCAAAAAGCAGCCUGAUAACAUUAUUCGUGCAAAAAUUAUUAUUACUAUCAUAAUUUUAACUAGUAAAUAUUGAAUGUUUUUGUAAAUUGUAUAAUUGUGUAAAAAUAAUUUUAAAGAAAAAUUUUGAUUUACGUCUUUAAGAAGGCAGUUAAAAAUUCAUCUAUUUUGAAAUAUACCUACUGGCAUUCCCCGUGAAAAAAGUCGGCGCACGCCUAUGAUUAAAGGUCGAUCCAAGACCCGUGGGGGGGGGGGGGCAGAACUUAUACAUUUAUAAUUCAGUUAAAAAUAUUUGUAGUAACUAUUAUAGUUCAAUUAAAAAUAUGAAAUUGUAUAAUUGGAAAAUAAUCAUAAGAAUUAUAAUCAUAAUGAGCGUCAAAAAUAAUAAUAGCAAUAGUAAGCGUAAUAAUAAUCAGCAUAACAAUGAUAAUAAUAAUAAUCAGUGCAAUAAUAAUAAUAAUAAUCAGUACAAUAAUUAUAAUAAUAAUAAUAACAAUAAGUAUAAUAAUCAGCAUAACAAUGAUAAUAAUAAUAAUCAGUGCAAUAAUAAUAAUAAUAAUAAUCAGUACAAUAAUAAUAAUAAUAAUAACAAUAAGUAUAAUAAUAAUCAGUAUAACAAUGAUAAUAAUAAUAAUCAGUACAAUAAUAAUAAUAAUAACAAUAUAACAAUGAUAAUAAUAAUAAUCAGUACAAUAAUAAUAAUAAUAACAAUAAGUAUAAUAAUAAUCAGCAUAAUAACAAUAAUCAUUAAAUUAGUCUUUUUAUCGUUUUUACAAAGGUAGGAUUUAGAUCCACCCAUCAUGCGAAGUGUCUCCAUCUUUUUUUUUUAUCAAACAUUAAUAUUAAAUUUAAUUAUUUCGCACCCUCCACCCUAUAGUCAAGGUCUGGAGACGCAUCUGCUUUAUCCUCUGGCAAAAUUUGAUAUUAUUCUAAAAAAAAAUUCACGAAAAAGUCUGAAUAAGUUUUAAAUGCUAUUUUUCCCUUCCGUUAUUUGGUCAAAAUUGCAUAAGUGUUUUAGUUUAUGUACAAGUGUAUGCGUUUUUAAAAUCUAAUUUCCUUAUAAUGUCGACUUAAAUCUUUCCCCGAGACCAAAGAUAAAUGCUUGUUAUAAAAUAUUGAAAUAAAUGUAUAUAUUUGUACUUGCGUUUAUAAACCGAAGUCUAUAACAAGUCUAACAAUCAUAACGACUGUCGUGUACGGACGUUGUGAUUAUUUUCUCGGAAACAUUUAUGGGCGGCAAUACACGUUAUAUUAUACACGCUGCCACCAAUACAGGCAGUUGCGGCCGUGUGCUAAAAGUAUGUACGUAACAAUAAACAACUCGCUUUCGGCGAGUUUAACGAAAUAAUUCGGACGCACGACACGUCUUACCCACACAAGACACGCACACCCACGCACACGAAUAUACGAGAGUAAAACGCAUAGCCCGCGAGGAUGUGCAGGACAGUAGAGUAACCGGGAAAAAAAUGUCGGGGGAGGAUUUCCCCCCCCCCCAAUUAUCGUGAAAACUACGCAGAAAAGAAAAGUUACCUCCCCGUUGCACCGGCUAAAUUUGAAACGCUCCAAAAGAAAGCUCUCUUGUCAUUAUAUGAUCGGAGUACAGAGACAGGAAAAAAAGCGUACAUUUCAUGGUAAAACAAUACGCCCAUCUAUUCCUCGCUACGCUCAGAAUCUAAAAUACUCCCUUUUGGGACCAAAAAUACAAUACAGACGAAUAUUAUUAUAGUAAUAAUUCAGCGCGCGUAUUUUAUUAUUAUUACAAAUUUUUUUUUCUUUUUCACAGAUGUCAAUUCCGUCGGAAAAAUUAACACGCGCGUUAUUGUCGGCGUAAACAAUUAAAAUUAAAACGGCAACGAACAAAAGCGUAAUAAUACGCCGUUUCCCGUUUAACGAUAUCGUAGCCCGCGAUCGUGUAAUAUCCCCGCGCAGCAAGUCCGCGUGCCGUCCGACAAUUAACGCGCCGACAAUUUCCCCGCGUGCGUCUACACCGCGCUACACCGUUUACACUGUUGUUGCACUCGUUUUACCACCGUGUCCGGUAUACGCGUACGGUGUAGCUGUGCUCUCCGAAGAAAUACGCCUACAGAGCGUCUCGCGGAGAUCCGACACACGCGAUAUGACUUUUGUCCCGCUCGAUAUUUUUAGAUUCUUGAGAAUUUUCCGGGUUUUUUUUUUUUUUUUCAAAAACAAUUUUGUCUUUAAAGUCCGAGAUAGCGGCAUUUUAUUCAUUUGUUUUGCAAUAAAAAAAAAAAAAAAAAUUUUGGUAUUGCAAAUGUUUACUAUGUAUAUAUAAUGACGAAUCGUUAAUUUUCCACAGUAUCUUUUGAAUUCGACGAUAAUUCCAAUUGUUUUCAUUGUCACCACUAAAUGUGACGUCAAUCGAUUCGCCAAUUUCGUGUAAACUUCCAAAGACCGAUUGUAUAACACUGACGUUUCGUUUCAAAAUAAACGCACAAAAUGUGCAAAUCUCGGCCUUUGUAAUAUAACUAUUUUAAAUUUAAAAAUAAAAAUUUGUAAUGUAAGAAUCGUGUAGCGUAAGAGUGUGCGAGCAAUUGCAGUUAUAACGGAGAUAAACUUAUACACACAUAUUGAACAGAACGAAAGUUUUUGCAUAUGCCAGAUUUCCGUGGGACACCCUGUAUAAAAUAUCGGCCAUAUAAUCUCCGGCGCGAUUUUUAAUUCGUUUACACGCACUGUUUUUCCCUUCCACAUUCGGAACUCGUUUUUUUUCCCUUCUGUUUUUAUUAUUAAACCUACGUUGGCUAUUCCCGCCGGGCCGCUGCCGUUUACGGUCAAAAUAUCCGUACAGGAUUUUAUUAUUAUUAUUAUUUUUUUUUUUUUCAACGCGUCCGUUCAAUUUUCACUCUUGUCCGUUCGCGAGUGUUUGACGCGGUUACGCAUUAUUAAAACGUUACGGCAAUGGGAGGAGGUACCCGCGGAGGAGAAAAGGUCCCCGGCUAUUUUAUUUCGACCGGCUGCGGCGGCGCGACAGUCACGAGACGGACGUAACCGCGCGAAGAUUUUGAUCCGCCAACAUCAUUUAUUAUUAUCUGUUUAGUUCGCGCCGUUAUACAGCAACGAAAUCUCUUCGAAUCGCAAAAAAAAAAAAAAAAAAAAAAUCCGUUUUUGUUUUUCCGCGCCAACAGCCGAACCGUGUCCGCCGAUCAAAACGUCCGCGGCCGCUCCGACCGACUCCUCAUAACAUCAUUACCACCAUAGUACUCCUGCGUAUCGUCCCCGUUGCAAUGGCCGUCCAAUUCGGAAGUGUCCAGUUUUCACUACACGAUUACGGUACGCUUUGCGCGAUUUUCGCGUCUGUGUGAUAACAGCAUACUAGCCGCUAUGCGUUAUACUUUUACUUACAAGGACGACAUUUUCACGCGCGUCGGUUUCGGAUAAAUUUUAACGUUUCCGGUAUUUUACCUUGUAUACAUACAUUUUUUUUAAAAAAACCGUUCAAACGGCACCCAUCGACACCGUGUAUUGUCGGCACUUGGCGGAGAAUUAUUCGAAAAACCCUCGCAAAAUGACGUCCCGAAACGGGAUUACUACCGAUUUUCGGACUUUUCAAAUAAAACAAAUGGACAUAAAAAGUAACCGUUAGAACCGCCUUGACGAGGCCAUUCUAAUUGUAACGAAAACAUUUCUAACUAACAAAUUCGUUAUUAACACGUAUUCACCUAAAACAUUUAUAACGCGUAAAUCGGUAUUAAAAUAAAAUACAAAAUUUGCUCGCAUACCUAUGGUCCCGGGGUAUGUCAAUUGUUGGCAUUUUUUAAUAUAUUUUUUUUUUAAAUUUUAUCUUAUGUCAUUUUGUCCCCUUCGUUUUUUAGUCUAAAUUGCAUAAGUAUGUGUAUUUUGAAAAAUUAAAUUUGCUUUCAUUGAAAAUUACACGGUAUUAAACCCUUCUUCUCCGGAUCAAAAAUGAUUGCAUUAUAGAACUUUAUUUACUCUACGUAGAACUAUAAUAGUUAUAUUUUUUGUUUCUUCUUAUUAUUAUUAUUAUUAUUUUUUUUUUUAUCGUAAAAUAUGAAACGUUUACGUCAAUAAUAGUUCAUCUUUACUACCUAUACAUAUCGUUAAAUUUUAUUUAUUAGCGACACAUAAUAAUAUGUAAUAUAGCAAUUAUCGAUCUAUAGAAACGCGUAGUAAAAUUACUUUCCAAUCAUAAUGUAAAACCGGUAUUAGUUUAAUGAUAAGUACACGGUUAAACAGGAAAUAUAAAUACAAUUGCGUAUACCUAAUUCGUUCGACUGAUCGACAUUGCAUUAUUAUAUUGAACUUUCUAUAGAUUUUUAAUGUACACAGGUUAGAGGUAUACAUAAUACAUAAUGCGUAAUAGCUCUUUUUCAUGACGGAUUUGCAAAUUAUUUUCUCGCGUGUUUGCGACAAUAUAUAAUAAAUUUGAAAAAUUUAAUGGCUCGUAAAAAUGUACGCGACAACAAAUCGCCGAAUACCAUUUUAUACGCUAAAACGGAAGGCAAUGUAAGGUAUUAAACAUUUAAGUGUCCAUUAAACCCGUUCGUACACCCGCAACGGAUAUAUUAUUUAUAUAGGUAUUAUAAACUCAAAACAAAUUGUGUUAUCGUACUAAUAGCUAUUAUUCAUUUACGGAAAUAUGUCCCGGUCACAAUUUAUUUUUGACUUUUUGAAUUUCCCACAAAAAAAAAAAAAAAAAAACGUUUAACUCAACUAAAUCGGGCGACAAAAAUCGACGAGUUGAACGAAUCAAAAGCAAUACACAAAUACGAAUUUCACACGAUUUACAAAGCCCAACGACACAAUAUGUCCGACUUACGCACUACUUGAUAAAUAAUUCUCGAAAUCUUAACAGUAAAUCCUGUUGGAAACGUAUUGAAAACAGUCAUUAUUAUUUGCAUAUUACCUGCAGACAUAUGAAUAUCCGACGGCGAUUAUGCAUGGUUAUAGGUCCUCUGUUUUAGCUCGUGGUAGGUACAUAGGCCAAUAAAAUGAUUUCACAGUAAAAAAUAAAAACAAUAAACAUACGUGUAUUGUAUAAUACAAUAUUAAUUUGAAAUCGAUAAAACACACGUUUCAAGUGUUUAAUUAUAUACGUUGGGUUUUCGUAUCGUUCAUACUGUUAAUUUGUAUACGACGAGGACACGCGUAAACACGUUUCCGUAUGCAUUGUUGAUGGACACUAUCGCGUUCGAACGAUUCGAUUUUGGGGGGCGAAAAACUGUUGGAAUAGUUUUUCCGAAUAAAAAUGCUGGGAACAAACAUCCGUUAGCGCGUCGAAACUAUCGAUAGUGUACACUAUCCGGAAGUGUCCACCGAUAAUACGAAUAGUUUGCGUGCGGGCUGAUAUUUGUUUACGUCUGCCGAUGGUUGAUUUUUUUUUUCUGUCUUUUAGAAACGAAAAAAACGUGUUCAAUAGUGCCAAUGGCGCAUUUGUGUGCCAUAACGUGCGCACAUUUCAACAGCCGACGUUUAUACAUUUAUAUAUGUAUGUAGACAAUAUUUAUACACGUUCGAAAUUUCGACACGAAAACCGAAAAUUACAACAAUUACACGCGCGUAUAAAAAUAAACGCCUCGCUUCUAAUAUCAUAUUGUUCGAAAACAUCGUGUUUUCCGUUACACGAAAUGAUUGUCGUCGUCGUCGUCGUUUGGAACGCAAUGACCCGUACAUUAUUGUAGUAUUUUUUUUUUUUUAAGUAACUACGUAUACGAAACGUUAGGUCUAGGUGAUGUGCGUAUAAAUAGAAAUUCGAAUAGUUGGCCAGCUUUUAAUUUUUUUAACAACAAUUAUAUUUCAAAUAAAACGUCUAUACCAAACUAAACAGUGUAUUAUAUACCAGGCUCUUAUUAUGUAGAUUUUUGUUUUGCGCGUUGAACAUUAUUGUUUCCCUUUUACUUUCUGAACGAAGCUAGAAACGUAUUUUGGUUUUACAGUGAUGAGGUGUUUUUUUUUUUUUGUGACUUUCUUGUAGCGCUGUUUUGUCUAAUCGGCGCAUCGAGGUGGUCGUUUUCAUACAUUUCCUCGUAGUUUUUUUAUAAAAUGGUAAAAAUUGGCAAUUUUUUUUUUUUUAGAAUUAUUGUCGAUUUCCAGGUUACCUCGACCACAAUGGAAAAUUAUGACUGCUAAUACUCUAUUCAGAAUUUCUAUUCGUUAGCAAUGGUAUUAUCGUCGCGUACAAAUAUUAAAUUAAUUAUUAUUAAUUGUCCUCACUUCCGACUACUCGACUGAAACAGUAGCGCACCCAACAGCAAUAUGUUUUUAUUAAAAAAUGCCAUAUUAUAGAUUUAUAAAACAUAUUUUUUAAUUUUUUAGAAAACGCAAGUCCGAUCAAGAAUUAUAUCCAGCAAACGCCCGAACAAAUAUCAACAAUACAGUUCGAAAACGAGAUCUCGCCUGUGGCCACUAACGGAAAUCUAAACAGACCUUGCGCUUGGCAAAGUAGUAAGUAUAAAGCAAUAAUAAUAUAACAGAGUGAUGUUUAAAUUCAACUUUUUUUUAGUAUUUUAAACGUACGGAUGACGUUUAGAAUUUAACUUAUUCAAAUAUAUUGUUACCUACUUGAUUUAAUAUUUUUGUUUUUAAUUUUUAAACAUCAUACUCAACAAAUUAACAAAAUACCCCGACAACAUUUUUAAAGUUGAAUUCAGAAUUAUAAACAUCACCUAUAUAUUUAAAAUAUGAAUUAAUAUAUUAAUAUCCAUAGGUUAUAGCCUUAAAAGUACAAAAAAAAAAAAGUUGAAUUUUAAGCAUCGCCCUAACUAAUGUAAUAGGUAUUAUAACAUCCGUACGCAUUUUAUGAAAUAAUUUACAUUCGUGUUGUUCGCGUCGUAAUGCUCGGAGUGAAAAUGUAUUGUAUAGAAGAAAAAAAACUUCUAGUUAACAACGAAAAUACGAAUGUAAAACUCUUACCCGGGAAAGUCUAACUUGUUGUGAAUAGAAACUUGUCGUACGUCUGGUGACAUUCUGUAGUGUCCACUUGACUUGCUGAAGUUUAAUGACACAAUACGUAUAAUAUAGAUGUAGAUGAGUAUAUAAAAAAAAAACAACUUAUUGCAGUCAACUUUUAGCGUCGAAACAUUUUUUUCAGUUCAAAUAUGAAAAAUACGAUUAGUACAUUUUCAUAUUGUAAACAAGAAUGAAAGAAUAUUUAAAGUAUAGUGUACACCUCUAUAGUGUGCACCAUGAUAUUUCAAUUGCGUAUAUAAGUAUUUAUUAAUUUCAUAUUUUUUUUAAAUUUAUCAUACGCAAUUCCAAAUUCGAAUUUUCUAUUUUGUAUUACACCGGUAUUAUUGUAUUGUAAAUUUUUUGCAUUUUUUGUUUUACAAUAUUUUCUGUUUUUUUUUUUUUUUUUUAUGAAAAAUAAAAAUAUCCGUUUUAUUGUACGUGGUAAUGCUAUUUAUGGUACAUAGAAAAAGUUUUUCUCAGUUAUUCGCACUAUUUAUGUUACUAAUACAUCAGCCGGAAAACAGGUUUUCUAUACCUAACAUACGUACGUGAUAUUAUACAAAUGCAAUUAGGAUUUUGCGCCGCCCAUUUAGAAAACAAAAAAAAAUGGUCGGGUAAGUCAGGUCAGGUCAUUUACGGCAAAAUUAAUAUAAUAAAACAAUACUCCGUGGCACGUACUCAUAAAAACGCUGUCUUUAUUAUUGAUUUAUUUAAUCGUUUUAAUUGCUGUACUAUGAUAACAUUGUCGAUAGUCUAAUGUAUGUUUACUGUAUUUAUUGUCAUUUGUAUAAUGGCGGUGAAGUAAUAGUUAUAAAAGAUACACGAUAUCGUUGUUUAUUGGUGAACGCCAGAGUAGACAAGGUGCCUAUAUAAAUCCAACACGAUUUACGAUCAACACAUAAUAUAUUGUCGAUAAUCAUAUUUUAUAUUAUUAUUAUUAUCAUCGACGACAAUUCCGUUCUAAACGGAUUUAUUGAUAAUACAUAACGCACACGCGUCCGUAUUGUAUGUAUAGUGAACAAUAAACGUCAAAAACCGACCAUCAAUAACGACAGUAACAAUGAACCUGCUGCUGAAUAUGCGCCGGAAACCGAAAUUGGACGGGCGACUACUAAUAACUCCAUUUCGCUUAUGAGAAAAGAAAACGCACAGACGAACCGACCGAAUUCGAUGAAAAGCUAAACGUGAAACGCGCGUCGUCCGUUAAAGAUCUAUUGUAGAGGAUCGUGCCGUUUCCGCUCUGAUUGCAAACGAUCUACCGGGGCGUAUUAGUCGGACGUGAAUCCGACCGUCGGGGGUCGAUUGUCGCGUGAACAAACGGCAGACCUCCGGUUAUUAUCCCGACCCGAGACCAGGAGAUAAUGGAAAAGCCUAAGUGCCAUUCGCGAUGAAAACCGAUUAAUCAAUCCGGUUUCGAUCGGACGUCUAUUUGAUCGGGAUAAACGAUCGCGGGAUACGAGCAUUCGAAAAGUUUUAUCGAUUGCCACGCAAUUGUAACGAGCGUUUCUCUUACAUUUCAGAAACCCCCGUGACUUUCGCCAAAAACCGUUGAGAGCACGGUGAAAUGGACCGCGUGGAUCAAGUUGAAACAUAAGAAUCAAUGGAUUUUAUAAGACUCAAUAGUGUUUGAGUCAUUGGCUCGUGUCGACGGGCGACGAUUGUAAUAUCGCGUGACGUCGCUAGAAAUAUUGACAAAUUUGUAUCGAAUAAGUAAAUACCGAUAACAAUAUAAAAGUUUUCAUGUCAAUAAAAAAUGAAUCACUGUCAUUACAAUACUUUCUCUAAAGAAAAAAAAAAUAUGUAUAUUUAUUUUGAUUUAUUGUGUUUACAAAUGCUGUUUAAAGUGUAAUUAAAAAUGUACCCGAAAAUACAAUAUUUGAAAUAAAAACGUGUUUUAUGUUUUUAAUGUUUUAAAUAAUAAAUAAACGCUGGUUUGCAACACGGUCAGAAUCAGUGUCGAGACCGAGAACACUUUUGUGUGUGCGAGGAGGACCUGCGAAUCGUUUAUUCAUACCACCCCGCCAUCCAUUUUACGAACAAAUUGCCAAUAAUUAAUUGUUAUCGCUUCAUCGCGUUACGAGCCUUACGCCUCCGACCACCCGUAUACCUAUGACGAUUUUUUUUUUUUUUUUUUUUUUAAUUUUUUUUUUUGGCACAGGCCUCAACAAAUUCUUCGCCGAACCUCUCGUCGGACAUGUGUACUUUGUAUUCAAUUCGAUAUUCGUAUGGGUACAAUAUUCCCAAAGCAAAUCUAUUAUAAUGAUUAUACGUAUACAACUACCCCGUAUACAAUAUUUAUAAUAGUCUUAUUUCGCUGUGCACAGUCGUUAAAAUGCACGUUGUCUGCGUUUUCGUAUACGCACGUAUAUAGAACCCAAUUUAUUGUUAUUAAUAUCUACUGCAGCCGUGUUUUGUUGUGUAUUAUUCCAGAAGCUAAUAAUAAUGGCUAUAAUAAAGGGGAGGGCGGAUAUUUGCUAAACAGAAGAUUACGCCCGUUAUUACAGGAUUGCAUGUCAAUAUUUUAUUACCCAGAAAGCGCCUUCGGUUUUACUUCCACUUUUUUUUUUUUUAUUUUUUAUUAUUUUUUAUUACAAAAUAUAUAUAUUAUAUAUAUAUAUUUCAAAAAAAAAAAAAAAAAAACAACAAACAGCCCUCGUUUUGUCUCUGUUAAACUAGAACAUGUACCUGCAGCUUUUUUAGUUUUGACCUACUUGUUCGAAAUAACUUUACGCCGUUAUAUUGUAAAAUCUAUACAUAUACUCGUAUAUUAUUAUCAUGUCAGUCGAGACAAAUAAACGUAUAGAUAACUUUUAACGUGGUUUGGUUACUUGCUCAAACAUUAUCGACUAAUGAGAUUUACUAUACCAUUAUAGUUUAAUUUUUUUCGUUAACUUAUUUCAUUUUUGUGUUUUUUUUUUUUUUUUUUUUUUUUUGGUUUAACUGUACUCAUAAUAAAUUAGUUUAUCAUCAGUUUCACCUUUCGACGUCGUGUUUCGCAAUGAAAUGAAUUUAUACGUAUUUGUUGCUAUACAAUAAACUGUAUUAUGUUACCUACCUAUAGCCGAAAUAGAUAAAUCCUUUUCCGGUAUACUCAAUGGUCGUGCGGCCCGAUUUUGAAUUGGUAACUUGACACUAACGACACGCGUAUAUGCAAACGUUUUUGGAACAUUUCUUUUAACCGCAACAAAUAUUAUACAAACAACUAGGCAUAUUGGCGAGCAUAAAACAGUCACUUCCAUUAGUAAUCUUAAAAGAUUGAAUACAGAGUGAUUUGAAUGAUCAAUUUAUAAUUGUCAUUCGUUUCUCCUAUGGUUUAAAUUCUAAACUGCUAGAAGUUAUAUAAACUCGGUUACGUUAAAGACAUUUUACAACCCCUUUCCCCUCGCUCCUUCCCCAAUGCAAGUCUUUGGGGCCACUCCUUUUCGGUAACUCGUGUAAUAAACAAAGGAAAAAAUUAAAACAAAUAAACGUUUCUUAUCCUAAAAAAAAGACACCCACGAGCAACAUAGUUCCGUCACUAGAGUCGAAUUUUCUUCCCCAGUCGACGUGACGCCGCCGUAACAAUAUCAAUCUUUUUUUUUUUUUUAAUUUUAUCUAACAUAUUUAUGGUUGAAAAGAUAUUAUUACAUUUUAGUCAAUAGGAGUACUUAACAAUCGGUAUUUUAUGUGAAAACGUGAAAUUUAAGCAUUAAAAUAAUCGAGGAGAGGUUAAAAGUUGAUACCCCCCCCCAAAAAAGGCAUUUAUCUUUGGUACUUACGCCAAUCACAACAUACAAAAUUGCAUCCCCUGACUUCAUUUGGAAUGGUCUGCAGGGGCCGGUGUAAAAAGCCAAAAAACAGCAUCCCCCACAAGAGCACAACGAAACACAACACAAAUUGCAUGACAGUGUCGAAUUUGAACUCUUUUGUUCAGAGAGAACCGCUAAAAGUGUCCGAAAUUGCGAGUAAAAAAAAAAAAAAAACUCCUAUGAAUUGGUGCAGCGUCAAAGAUAAAAACGAACGUAUUGCAAUAAUAAUAUUAUGAACUUUACGGUAGAUUUUCGGGAAUUAAUUUAUAUCAGUUCGAAUUUUCUAUUAAUAUUUUUUAAUAUAACGUAUAUUUUUGACACUGGUCCUUGUCGCACCGGGGCACGCGCUACAUAAUGACGUACGCAGUACGGUUCGAUAAUUUUCGAAUUUUCGAGGGGAAAUUCGUCUAUACGUCUAUACGCCCAAUUAGGCACGCGUUUUUCGUUCGUGAAAUCGAAAUGGUGGGGGGGGAGGGAAAUAACAAUAAUAAUAGCGGCGGGCAAAAAAUCAACUACACCGACAUUAUACGCGUAUAUAUAGGGAAUGUGGAUGCAUAUUACGUUAACGAAUAAAAAAAAAAAAAAAAAAUAAAAAUAUAAACGUACAUGCAGAAUUUUACUACCCUCGCGAAACGUAUACACGUAAAACGAAAAUAUAUACGUAUAAUACGUACGUAUAUAACGUAUAUACCUAUUAUAUACGUCCCGCGUAAAAAAUAACGAACGAUUUUUUCGGGCAUUUCGUACGUACGUAUAAAUUAUGCGUGUACGCGGCGCGACGGAAAACGAGGGAGGGAAACGCGCCUGUUCCGCCGCGCCCCAUUCCCCUGCCUACCGCGAAAAACGGAAAUCGGGAACCGUUCGUGUCUCGUGCCUACACGUAUACACACCGCCGCGUGUGUACGAUACAUAAUAUAAUUAUGUAUACACGCAUAUAUUUAUAUGUAUAUAUAUGUAUUAUGUAUUUAUGUAUACAGCGUGUUUUAUUAGCGCGCGUCUAAGCACGCGAAUUCCGAUCGCGCCGAAGUGUAUAGAGCCGCCGCGCGCCCCGAUAGCUCAGUAAACCACGGGAACGUACCGGGGUCCGACACAUCGCACACAUUCCGACGCCCGUUUCCGUCCGCGCGACGGCGAUAGCAAAAAAUAUCGUAACACGCGCGCUCCGAUAUUUCGUGAUCGUUCUCCGACAAGGUACGUGGGUAUAAUAAUCAAUGUUAAAAACGAUUCGAUAGUUUCUUCGCGGUCGCGCCGCCUCUCACGCCGUACCGUGUUAUGUUUCCCCGAACGAACAUUCAACACGAGUAAUAUCUUUAGAACUUUUUUUACUUUAUAGUUAGUAUUAUCUCGCACAUUGGUUUGCGGUAUUCGUUUGGUUUUUUUUUGUUUUUUAUCUCCGCCGAGUUUACGGACGCUCGCGCGCGCGCCGCGAUCGGAGCGUAUUUACGUACCGGGCACGAAAAAUCAUCGCGCGGCCGUCGUUAGCCGCGCACCGAUAUCUAACAUUUCCCCCAACACCCCCCGGACGCUCUUGAACGUCGCGGCGCAAAGCGAAUUUCAAACGUCGCCUCCGCCGAAAACUCGACCGCCGCCGCGCACACCAUCACUCCGCCGAACGUACGGCAACGCCGCGUGGCCCGCCGGGAGGGACCAGGCGUCCGUAAUGUCAAUCACCGAUGGCCCGUCGGUAUCGGCGCGCAUUCGGGGCUCCGUUUUUUUCCCCGUUCCGCGUUCGGCCGUACGGUACCUCCCCGUUUCUCCGUCGCGUCUGUCCGCCGUUUCACGGGGUUUGUCCAUGGUGCGGUCGCCGAACGCGUCCGUCUACCGGAGCGAGUGUAUCGCGCGGCACGCGGUCUAAACGUCCGCACGGUAUUUUCGUCGUUUCCGCGCGCGCGGUCUCACGGUCGCGCCGCGCGUUCCGCUCCGGAAAUCGAUGGGCGACGCGCUCCGGCGGCGGCGGCGGCGGGCGGGCGGUCGGGUCCCGGCCCCGAAACACGCGUACCCGCCCGCGACGCCACGCGUUAUAAUAUUAUUGUAUAUCGCGAUGGUUUUGCGCCGUUUUCCCUUUCCGCCGUCAUACGACCCGCCGAAAAACCGUACGGAAUAAUAAUUUAUCGAUUCCGCCCCGUUUCGUUUCGUGCGCCGGCGACGACGACAAUAAUAAUAACAAUAAUAAUAAUAUGUAACGUCGAUAAUGAUAAUAUUGCGUACCAAUACGAGUGCCGUUGUAUUAUUAACGUACGUACGUGUGUAACACACGGCGCACACUCUGUCGGCCGGCGCGGGCGAGUGCGGCGCGCGCGUUACGUACGGCGCCGUUUGGCGUUUUGCUUACGCCGUGCGGUUUUCUGCCCGGACGGUUUAAUUGCGCGUUGUUGCUGAUAACGGGCCCGCGGCGGAGUGGCGCCCGCGACCGCCGCGCCGCACGAAACGCGUGCAUAUCGUUACCGUUAUUAUUGUUGUUACACACAAGUACCCGAAUGCGUAACACCCCGUAAUCCGCAUAAUAUUUUUGUGUAUACAAUAUUGUAUGUAUAUAUAUAUAUACAAUAUUGUGUGUGUGUGUAUAUAUAUAUAUAUAUACAUAUAAUGUUACUUUGUUGUAAUGUUUAGGUGGUCGCGAGAAACGGACGGAUAUUGUAGGAUAAAAAUUAAAAAUUAAUAAAUAAAAAAACAAACAAAAAAAAACGCAGUUAAAACUUAAAACGAAACGAUCGAUGCGAAUAAAUAAAAUAUCUACUGAAUAUUAUAUACGUUGCGAUAUAAAAAAAACGGUAUAACCGUCGGACGUAAAUACAUUGUAUUCAAUACGCGCGUAAAUAAUUUAAUAUGCUAAAUAAUUGUUUUCACUAAUAUUGGCGUACGCUUAAAACCGGCAAUACUUAUAAAAAAUACAUAAUAGAUAUUUAAAUCUAUAAUAUGGAUAAUCUGCACCGUCAAAAUAACGCGGUAGAACCCGCCGCCGGCGGUUAUGGUUCGGACGCGGCCGCCAGAAUAAGUCAAUCGCACACCACGGUAAGAGAUUAAUAUUUUCGCAUUUUGCACGCGCCGCCGGUAUGUCCGUGAAAACCGACAAACAAUUAAUAUCGCUUUCCCGGCAUCGUUUACACAAUUAUUAUUUUCGUAUCGAAAUGCCAUCUUACGCGCCCGCAUAAACUACGUAACGUUACGGGCCCGUUGCAGUUCUGCGGGCCCGUUAGUGUACGCGCGUAAUAUAGUACGUUAUUGUGUGUGUUUUUUUUUUUUUUUUCUUUUUCUAAUUUCCGUUAGACUGCGGCGUUGUCCAAGCCCCAACAGCGGGCACCGGAAUUCGGCGCGAGACAACCGCGGCCCGAAUUCUAUCAGCCACAACAGCAACAACCGCAGCAGCAACAACAGCAACCGCAGCAGCAACAGCAGCAGCAACAAGGACCUUACGGCGCGCCCAACAGACCGCCGCCGGGCCAACAACAACAGCGGCCGCCGCCGCCGCAACAGCAACAACCGAGAACGCCCGGCGAAAGGGUCAGCCCCUGGAAUCUUAUCCGACAGACUUUGCCGCCGGAAAUAAUAGCCCGCGGGCCGUCGCAACAACAAUUUCAGCGACCCCCGCCGCCGCCGCAGCAGCAGCAACAACAGUACUACAACAUGCAACAGAGACCGCAGCAGCCCGUCACGCCGAUGCAGGAACGCCGGCCGACGCUGUCCCGGAAUGAGGACAGGCAACCGUUCCGGCCUGAAAACGGUAGGCCGACGGCUGUCAGCAGGCCCGUCAACGACGACGACGACGACGAGGAAGUGGUGGUCAACGCGCCGAACAAUCAGCAGCCGGCACAGCAACCGCCGCCGCCGUUGAACCGGAGGGACUCGGCGUUACUGGGCGGCGGGGGCAGAGCUCCCGAAACGCCCGGGGAUCCGAACAGGCAGUGGCAGAGACCGGGAGCCGGAGCCGUGCCGCCGUACGGCAAACCGCCGGAUCAACAAUACGGCCGACAGUCGAUGGUGAUACCCGAAGGCCAAGAACAGCGUUACCCGCCACAGCCGGCGGCGGUGGCGGCAGGAAAUUACAACAGGCAACAGUUGCAGGACGACGACAACGGUAGGCGGCCGAAAGACGGCCAAAAGGGUCCCCGUGACGCUGCGGCGCCGUUGACGAGACGGGACAGCGUGUUGGAAGCCAAUCUCAAAGCGACUGCUGACGCGUCGUCCCGCAGGAACGAAGGACCGGUCGAGUACGUUAGGAGACCCGUGGCGCCGUCGGAAAUACCGCAACAGGACGAUAGCGGCGGUGGCAGACGGCCGCUGGAUCUGCAGGGUGGCAAGAGACCGCCGUUACCGCCAUCUCCGGACGUCCAGGAGGACUCUAGACGGGCGCCGGAACACAAGAAAACCGCGGAACAGGAAGACGCAGGCGGUAAUAGGCGUCCGUCGGACCACAGAAACCGACCGGCGGGCGCCGAUCAAGGCGCCGCCGGGGCAGCGGUCAAGUCGGUCGCAUCCCGGCCGGACGCAAACAAAGACGGCGGGUCGACCGCCAGGGACGACGAGCAGCAGCAGCAGCAGCAGCAGCCGCGAGCGUACGAACAGCGCAAGACGUCACUGGAAAAAGAACCGGCCGGGCCGAAGGCCGCGGCGGUCGAGCACGGCAACAGGGCUUCGGAACUCAGAAAGGCGCACUUCGAGGCCACCCACUUGAAACCGGUCAAAGAGCAGACGCAGUUCUCGAAAGCGGCGACGUCGGACGGCGGGGCGUCGCCGUCGGGCAGAGAUCCGCCGAAAGCCGCGGGUGACACCAAGUACAAAGAUUACGCGACCGUCGCCGCGACCAGGCCGAAGGACGGGAACGAAACGGACAGCGACCCGACGCGGACGCCACCGGACAACGCGGACGAUCCGCCGUUUAUUUCGCAGAGUAAAAACGCGCGGCCCGAUACUUUGAAAAUAAUCAAAGGUACAUCGCCAAGUUAAGAUUGCACGGUAAACAAUACAAACGUAGCCACGGACAAAAGUCUGUGUACGACACGACGCGGUUGUUUGUCACUCAAUUGCGGUUGUUUUAUUUUCGUUUUUUUUUUUUUUUUUUUUUUUUUUUAUUGUCACUAUAUUUACACGGCGCCAAUGGGCAAUAACAUUUAUCUCACGCACAAAUACAUAACAUGCAUAAAAUACAUGCAGUACAUAAAACACAUCGCGUAUUUGUACGAAAAUACUGUGACCGUAUAUUUACUGUACACGCUGUUCUGUGGACGAUUUAUCCGUAUGCGGACGGUUUGUCGUAUUGUUUUGAAAGUCCGAGAAAAAAAAAAUUACAACGAUACAAUAACAUCGUAAUCCACUACGUACACAUGCACUGCGUACAUUUUCUAGUCCGUCGACACCAUUAACAUUAUCCCGUUACAUAAAAAACGCGUAAUAAAUGCAUAUUUUCUUCUUCUUUGCAGAUAACGAACCGUUCAAAGAUUCGUCCAACACGAAAGUAAGUCUCCGAUAAUAUCCGUACCCGUGUUGAGCCGCGGUUAUCGCGGCGCGUAUGACGACGGGUCGUCGGCCCGAUUCCCAACAAUAUUGUCCUCGCUCCGAAACGACAAAAGAAGCGGAAAACGUUCCGUCGCAAAUGCCGCGACUCCGACGGGACGGCGCGUGUUGCAACGGACGUCCGGCGGAAACGAGUAGAGUUUCUCCGAAGCACGACGUGGUCGUUGCAUUUUUUUUUUUUUUUUAUCGGCACUUUCGAGUCGGCAUGCUUUCAAACUACGCGUUUUCAAACGCCGUAAACACAAGACCGCGUUACUGGAGUCGCGACAAUUAUUGUUGGGCUGUAGGGCCGAUGACCGUGAGAAAUGCAAUGUUUUUUUACGCGCGAUUUUUUUUUUUUUUUUUUUUCAUUUUCUUUCAGAGUUACUAUCGGGGCGACGACCCGGGCAAGUCGCCGAGCAAAAUCCCGAAAAAAGAUCGGUCGGAACUGAAAACGCCCACCAGGGCCGUCACGCCAAAAUCGCCGGAAAGCGUGCAGAUGUCCGCCACCGGACAAAAGAGUGCGUACCUACACACGCGAACGGUUUUCGCUCACUUUUUUUUUUUUUUCUUUCGUAAACUAAAAAAAAACCCCGUUCGAAAAUCACCGCGACAAUUUUCCCGUCCGUAAUCUAUACGCGACUCUCAGCUGUACUCGGAAAUAUCCGAGUAUCGGUCGCAAAUGUAAUGAUAACGAAAAGGAGAAACAAUUUGAUUUGAAAACCAAUAAUAAAUUGUACGGACCGUUACCCGUUACGGCUGUUGUACUGUACAAUUUUAACCGCGCGUGCGAAAUGUUUUCAUUGUUUGAUUGCGUUCGCUGCACAAGAUUUGUGUUUUUAAACACUCGCGUGUAUUUACAGCUGUCGAACCGGAAGCGCGCCGUCCGGAUUUACGGGUCUCUCAACAACUGCACGUUUAAAAGGGGCCCGUAAUCGUGGAUAAGACAAAAUUCAAAAUGUAUUAUAAUAAAUAUAAUAAAUCAUAUACUAAUACCGCCAAAUAUCCGAUUAAUCUCCUUCCCCUCCCCUCCGAAAAAAACUGGGAGUUCUAGUCCCGUAACGGUGUGUAGUAAAACCGGACGAUCGCUUUUCAGAGUUGCCGAUGAACAAGGUGCAAGUGGGAGCCGCACCAUCACCGAAUCUCAAGGUGGUCCGGUCGAAAGUCGGCUCGUUGCAAAACACCAGUUACAAACCGGGCGGCGGACAAGUGAAAAUCGAAAACAGAAAACUCGAAUGGAAAGCCGGGACGAGGGUGGUGGCGAAAAACGACACUUACGUUCCGGGAGGAGGCGACAAGAAGGUACGGGAUCACAUAGAAUUAAUAUAAAUUAAUAUUACAGUGCCCAUUCGUAUGUAUAAUAAUUUUGUUUUGUUUUUUGUUGCCAUUCCGUUGUUUUUUUAUUAUUUUUUAUCGAUUUUGCAACCGAUCACUGAUAGUGACAUCUGUCGCCUUUGUCUGUCUAAAUAGAAUCAACAAUAAAUUUAAAUUGGAAAUAGGCAUGAAACUUCCAUUAUGUAAUACACACAAUUUACUAGACCUAAAUCAGAAAUUAUUUUACCAUAUUAAAGACGACAUCAUUUAUUAUGCUUUCAAAUAGGGAUUUCUUUUUUUCUUUUUUUAAUUUAUUUCCCAGAUAAUCUAUUCGUACAUCAAACUUUUAAAAAAAUGUAUACCAUUUUUUGUUAUUUAAUAAAUAUUUCCGUCUUCUAUUUGGUAUAACUGUUUUUGUUUUAGAUCUAUUAGAUCCCGAGUGCUAUUGGAUAUACGAAAACACUCUUUUGCUACAUUACCCUUUAGAUAAAUUCAGGCAAGACUCCUGACUAUGAGGCCCCGUUAACGCGACCUAACCGUUAUAAAUCGCAUAGGUAUUAUCCAAACAUUUUUCUUUAAUUCGACCGUGACGUUUAAACCAUUUUCGUUCGUAAAAUUCAUAUUGUAAGCACAACGGUGUCCAUAAUCUUCGAUACAAUAGUGUCUUUGAAUACUUAUCUUAUAUAUAAUUCUAUUUUGUACCGCGAUGAAAAUUCUGAAAAGUAUCGAGUAUUUUGUAUUGGAAUACUAAAAUCAAGGUAUCUAUAGUAUUGAGUGUAUAGAUACUCAUUUCGAAGCAUCUUGCCCAUAGGAAGGAAGAAAGAGGGAUAAGCUGGGUCUCGCUUUGACUUUUCGACAAAAAAAAAAAAAAAUUUUAAAUUGAUCGUGAUUGUAUGAAAAUACGGAGAAUUGUUGGGAAUAUCGAUAAAUGUUUUAAACAAAUAACUACCGCGUCUUUUAAGAAUAUUUUGAAUUUGAAUUUAUUGAAUAUCGAAUAUCUAAAGUAUUUAAAUACACUUACAGUUAUAAGUAACGAGUAUCUUAUAUUUCGAUUGUAAAAUAGAUGCAUUUAAAUCAACGCAUCUAGAAUCUAGAUAGAUACCCAUUACAAAGUAUAUCGCCCUUUCCUGAUCAUAUGAAAUUUAAAGAUAUAACCACGAAACAAAUGUGUUAAAUCGUUUAGACGUAUAGGAUAACAUUAUGGAUAAUCUAAGCAAGUAUAUAAAUAUAUAGGUAUUGAACGAAUGAAAUUUGUCUAGAUUCAAAGCGUCAAGUUGCAAUGGAAUGCCAAACCUAAAGUCGGUUCGCUAGAAAACAAAACGCACAAGCCCGGCGGCGGUGACAAAAAAAUUGAAACCGUAAAACUAGACUUCAAAGACAAGGCGAAACCGAAAAUCGGGUCCAAAGACAACAUCAAACACACUCCGGGCGGAGGAACUGUUAAGGUAUAAUAAUAGAAACGUUUCAAUGUAAAGAAAAAUCGUAAAAACAAAGUUAAAUCGGUUUUUCAAGCUUUAAAUAACGGAAAUAAUGAUAACAAAGUUUGUUCGUGAAAUAUACUAAUAUAAUUUAUUCUGAAAUUAAAACGCGCGUAAAAUAAGCAUACCGUAAAAUAUGCUGACGCAAUUAACAUAAAUUUGAUUGUUUUUUAAUUUAAGUUUUCGCGUUUAUAAUAAUCAUUAUCCUCGUACCUAUACACAACAAUCUAAUUGCAUGCGAUUAAUUCCGGAUUGACGUGCGUUCGAAACCAUUAAAUCCGCGGUAAACGACUUACCCACCAACACUACCACCGCCGUGAUGUAGGUAUACAAAAUAUUAUAGGUAGGUGUGUAUCUACAGUGAAUAUUUUUCACUUGUUGACUUCCGUCCCCUCUCCCGUUGAAUAAUUAACCGACUCCACGAGCAAUUACACAUUUUUAGUGAGAACACUGCGGUUUUAAAAAUAGUCUUGAACCGUAAUAAUGAAAUCUACAAUAUUAUAUGAACUUUUCUGUACCAUUUUUUUCACCCAGCGUUUCACCGAGUAAUAUUAUUUUGAGAAAUAUUCGAGUUGGGUCUGCGGGGUGUUAUUUGAUUGUGUGCCUGCUCAAAUUGGUUCCGCGGUGACAAUAUAUCAUAUUAAAUCCGCAAUAAUGAAAAUUAAUGUUUGAUAUUAAAAAUAAAAUGAUAACAAUAGUAAUAAUUUCAACGUUUUUAUAAUUGUCUAUUCGCACAAGAGCGAAGUAACAAGAAACAUUUUUUUUUUUUUUUUUUUUUGCCGACAUGAUGUCUCAUCCUGGGUUACUCUAAUAGACUGGACUGACGUUUUCAAUAUAAAUAAUAAUAAAACAAAAUAUACCUAAAUAAAUAUGCCGGGACCCAAUUCGAGGUCAGCCAUUAUUAUGAACAAAUUGAUGAUUUUGUUUUUGUAAUAAUUUUUUUUCGUAGACUUAAUUCACGUUACACGUUUGAAGGACUAAAAGCGGUUUUCUAAAUCAUUUUCAAUUUUGUAAAAUUUUUUCAUUAAUUUACUGUCCAGAGUUUACGUUUUAUUUUGGAAAACAUAUUUGAAUUCUUUGAUUUCUUAUCUGUUUUGUAGGGAUCAUUUAUUUGGGAUUUUUUUUUUUAUUUUGUUAAUUUAGUAAGUACGUGAUUUACCUUUUUUUAUUAAAAUUAACGCAGACAUAGGUGGUGUUCUGAAUAAAAUACUCGUAUUUUGGUUACUGUUUUCAGAAUUCUGUUUAAUCAUUCUGGAUAUUUUAAAAAUACUUUUCGGAUUUAUUCAAUCCUAUAUUCUAAAUACUUUUAACAAGUAUUUGACCAAAAUAUUUUUGUACUUAUAUAUCCAGAAAAAAAUUUCCUAAAGAAUAUAUAAAGAAAAUUUGACUACUAAAAGUAUGUUUAUUAUACUCUGGCUUAUCCGUCUAAAUGUUUGAAAAAACGAAUCGAUUUCAACCACAUAAAUGGUUUUUUUUCAAGUCUAUUCGUAAUCGAUUUGUAUUUUUUAACUAUGCCUAUGUGGAAGUAAUAAUUAUAUAUCCACGUUAUAUUUAUGACCUCAACCGUAUAUCGUGAACAUUGAGAAGGUUGUAUAUUUAAACAAUUUUAUUUUUAGUUUUACGGAAAACCAUAUCUAUUAUUUGUAUAAUCUGUUUAGAGCCAAUCAACACAAUUAUUAGAAAAGGAAUCGCCUGACGUGAGUAACCGUAAAUAAGGUGUAAAAAAAAAAAAAAAAUAAAGUGUAUGGUGAACACAAUAAUAUACUAUAAUACUCACAAACGCUUAUAUUUUUUAUGUGCAUAUUAUACAUAUUUACUUUUUGUUUUUAUACAAAACGUGUGUUGCGUGUUUCCGCCGUCAUUACAAUAUUAUGCAAUCACCACGAAUUGGCGCAACUAGAACCCCGAAACGGGUUUGAACAGAUAGGUACCUUACUUAACCUAUAUAGGGGAACGUGGGACAGAACUGAGAAGUUAGGGUACUUGUAUAAAAAUCUAGAAUUUGUUCAAAAACUGUGACUUUGGUAUUUGAAAUUUGAACCAUGUACAAAUUCAUUAUAGGAUCUGCCAUCUAGUAAUGAAUACGUCAACAUGUUUUAAACAUUUAUAGUACCUAGGCUCAUCAAGUCAAAUAUUAUAAACGAUGUGUAAGUAUUAUUUGCCCCAUUUCGCUCCAUAACAGUUGGGACAUAAUGGGGAUUUCCCACAAAUUGUAUAAUUGUAAUAGGGUAAUUUAGUUUAUACACCUACUACAACUACAACGAUACAUCAUUCCAAACGAAAAACGAUUCUGAGCAUGUUCAAUUAAAUUUGUUUUGAUAAAUUGAAAUUUAAUAUUUUUUUAAUUUUUAGUUAAUAAAUUAAACAAAAUUACCUAUAACAAUAGAUGAAAUCGAUUUUAACAGAAACCGUUAUUCCGUAAAUAUGCUAACGGUUUUCUUCGUUUUUCCCCCCAUCAUUACCUAUCAAUAAAGGCAUCUUAUUUUUCUUCUUUCAGCUUUAGAGACCAUUGAUGUUCAUGGAUGCAAAAUAGAUAUUUUUCGCCUCUCUCUAGCUGCCCUAAGCUAGGUACCUACUUCGUUAAAAUUGUCUAUUUCUAGUUGGCUUUGAUCCAUAUGUGCUUCGGCCUUCCCACCGAUCUCAUUCCCAGAGGGAUCCAGUUUAGCGUAUAUCAUUUACAAUUGAUUUAGCCCUUAUUACGAGACUCAACCAGCUCAGUCUUUUGUACCACAUUUUAGCUAAUAUACUCCUGCACUUCAAAAGUUUGAUCUACCUAAUUUCAUGAAUUUGAGUCUCUUUAUUUGUUUGGGAUACCCAUAAUAGGUUUAAACGUGAAAACAUUUACCGGCUACUCCUAUACUAGCUUUAUACGCGAAUAUUCAGUCCAUGAAAUUCACCAUAUUUACAUAUUUCUCUAUAUCAAGUUCGUUCGUGAUAUACGUUGAUUUUCUCGUUAGAGUUUUACCAAAGUGUUAAGAAUUUCUCUGAUAAACAGGUGUCUUAACAAAUCCCCGCAGGAAAAAAAUUAAGUCAUAGGCAAAAACCUACAAACACGGAUUAAAGAACAGCAAAAUUUGUUCGAUUAAAAAUAGUGGUUUCACCUAAAGACUAGCCAACAAAAAUAAUGUCCUAGUUGCGCCAACGUACUAUAUACACCAUCGCCACGUCGUAUUACAUAUUAUUGUUAUUAUAUUAUACACCUGUGUGUGUUAUGGUCUGCAGUGCAUUUAUUUAUUUAUAUUGUUUUACGCGAACGUUGUUUGAGGACACUACAAAAAACAAGCAAUUUGUUGAUGUUAUUAUAACAUAUUUGUGACAUUUACGUUGACCGUAUCUUCGAUACCAAACAUAAUGUAAUAAUUAAUACUAUUUACGACAUAUUAUACACAGAUCAUCGAAGAUCAAAAAUUGGAGAUAAAAGCUCAGAGCAAAAUUGGCUCGUUAGACAACGUGAAACACAAGCCGGGUGGCGGAGAAGUGAAAAUAUUCGACGACAAAAGUUACAUAAAACAAACGGCAGCACAGAUCGGUACUCCAACCAAAUCGCAGGUACCUGUCCACGGUUUCGUUUAAUUAUUAAUUAUUAUUUAUUAAUAAUAUUCGUAAUUCAAACAACGCUGUAAAAUAAUUUGUAGGUGCAUUAUAAAAUAAAUCCAUCUACCUAAAUACAAUAUUAUAAAACUAUAAAUGUUCAUUGAACAAACGAGACAAAAAUAAUUUUCAACAGCCACUAAUCAAUAUCUGUGUUUUCCCAACACAAAUUGAAUAUUUAAAUGUAAAAAUGUAUUCGGCAUUCUGGUAGGCAUCUAUCUUUUACACAUAGAACAAAAUUUGAUUAAUACAUUUUUUAUGCAUCCAAAUAUUUGUACACAAAUAGGUACUUCAAUAGUUUAAACAUAUUUUUGCUCAUUUUUGAACCAUUUAAUUUAUAUUUUUAAUAUAAUACAGUGAUCAAUCUAUCACAAAACACCCAUUAUCUUGGAAAGUAUUAACUUUUUUCGGAAUUUGUUUUAUAGAACAUCUAGGAAACAAGCAGUUCUAUAAAUUUGCAUUUAUGUUACUUUUGGGGAUAAAACCAUUACCUAAUUUUGAUUUUCAAAUGUCAAACUACAUUAAAAAUUCCAUAAAUAGAUGGGGUAUUAGUUAAAUUAUUUAAGGAAUUUUAAAUUCAUAGACACAUUGAUCACCUUACAUAUAAUAGAUACCCAUUAGUUGAAUAUGUGGAAAAAAAUAAUUAAAUACGUUCAAUAAUUCAUCCCGGACAAAUAAGCAUUCAAUUUAUUUAUACCUACUAUUAAUUAAUUAUGGUUUUAAAAUUAUUAAAACUGUAUUGUGAGUAAUAAAAAAUAAUGAUAUUAAAUAUAAACAAACAUGUAUUAUAUUAUACCAUUACACUUGCACAAAUUUCGGUGGCUUUUUAGAUGAUAAAUAUUCUAUUACAAUAUUAUAUAGUACAUCACAACAGUUGUAUAAACGCACAGCUUAACUGACUUAUUUACAGAGCUCGAGAUCAUCACUGGCCGGUAAUGUAGCCGAACAAGAAAUUUAAUCAACCAUCAUCAUCAUCAUCAUCACACUUCAUAAGCGUUAUUCUGUUAUUCGUAUUUCAUAAUCGAAGUACUCAUUAUAUACAAUAAUAAUAUAGUAUUAAUGCUUUUGCCAUGGCUAAAAGCCAGAGCACAUAAUAUAUUGUACAUUGAUAUUUAUAUUGAUUAUUACUAAACUAAACAAUAAUUAUUAUGUUUGCACUACAGUAAGACACUCGCUGGUACAUGUACGUAAUAAUAAUAAUUCAAUGUAAAAGCAAAAUUUUGUACUAUAUUUUAUCGAUUUUAAAAAUACAACUUUACUAUCUCUUUUUUGUAACACUGCAAUGCUUGUUGUUGUUGUAUUUCAUUGUUACAUAGCUCCGGAGGAGUUCUAGUAUGAAAAGUCCAGUGGGUAUGAAGUCAUAUAGCCUUGACGAACGACCCAAAAGUCAAGUCAAAAUUGUUGUAACACCAACUAGCGAUGAAGAUUUGAAUACUAAAAUAGGAACAAACGUGGGCAGUGGUGGGCUUAGGAGAUCAGCAAACAGUCGAUCACCGUCAUUACAAAAUAAUAUAGUUAUACCUGAAGAAGCAGUUAGAUCAAAAAAAUGAUAAAACAUAAUCAAAAUUUAAAAAUUAUGUAUUUUGCCAUCUUUUUACAGAGUAUUUUCAUAAACCAAAAAUGUGUCACAAGGUUAUUAAUUUUACAGCUUCGUAUAAUAACCACAUAGUUAAGAUUUUACAUUUUGAUAUUUUAGAUAGGUACAUUACUAUGAUACAAUAUGCACAUUUUGUAUGAUAAUUAUAAAUUACUUAAUUCAUACACCAAUAUAAAAUCAAAAUACAAUAAGUUUAAAGAUACAGUAAGUAUAAAAGUAAUAUUGGAAAAAAUAUUGUAGAUACUUAACUAAACGAAAAUUAGGCACAAAUCAAAACAGAAUUCAGUACCUAUACAAUAAAAUACAAUUUUGAAUUUUAAAAAUAAACUAAAGAAAAUAAUAGAAACUUCAAUCUUGAUGAUUACAUAUUCAACCAGUGUCGAUUAUUUUUGAUACAUAUUCGUUUGGUUCAUUCUAGUCCUAUAAUAUUAACUUAACUUUUAGCUUUUGGUCAAUGGGAUUUUACUAACUAUUUACACUUAAAAAAUUCAAAUUUAAAUUUGGUAUAACGUCUUGAAUGUCUUAAGCACUCUAAAAUAAACCAGAUACUCAUAAUUCACUAUUAAAAAAAAAAAAAAAAAAAUUAUAAUAAUAAUUAGAAAAUAAACAAAUGAUUGAUAUUUAUUUAAGGUGUUUCUGGAAGUGAAGUCAGUCUUAUAUUAUGAAAAUACUCCAUUUCCAUUAUUUUUUCAGCGGACAUUCUGUUUGCAGGGUUGUAGGUACAUAAUGCCUGGUGUUAAAACAAUAAUGCAAUACAAUUAUUACAGUUAAUUGUAUGUAAUAAAACUAAAAGAAUAAUUAUAUUAUUAAUUUAAUUUAUACGUUAUUGGUAAAUUUGGUGUUUGAAAUACUUAGAUUGAGUGAUCAAUCUCAUAAUUUAUUGUAUAAUAUAUGACAUUUUUUGAGUAGUUUUACUUGUUAAAAUAAGACAUACAAUUGAUAUAGAAUUUAAAUACCUUAAAUAAUAUAAAUUAAUUAAUUAUUUUAUAGAAUUAUACAUUUACCUAUGCUAUAACUUAACUUCUAUAUCCUGAAUAACAUUAAUGGUUUUUAAAACACUAAGAUUUGCUGUAAAUGAAUGACCCAAAAUAUAUUUUGUAUGAACACAUUAAAAUACUCUAAAAAAUAUUUUAUACCCAUAAGAAAUCAUGACCUAUAUAUUAUAGAAACUAAUUUUGUAUUUAUUAAUCCCAAUUAUUACCUCUCAUUAAUAAUAAAUUACAAAAAUCAAUAUACUCACUAUAGGUAUAGUAAUUUUUAAUAAUAUCAUUAAUUUGAAUAAUGUACAUAAAAUUUCACUAUUGAUUAGUAGCACAUAUAUUUUAUUUUUUGUAACUAGCAAUUUAUUUUGUUUUAAAUUAUGAUUAAUUUGUUAAUAUAUUUUUAUUUUUUAUUAUUAUUAUUAUUAUUACUAUUAUUCUGUUAUAAUAAACACUGUUACUCACGUAAAAAACUUUUUGUUGAUUUUUUUCAUUAAGUUCAGGUAAGAAAUCAUCUAUAUGGCGUGCAUCCCAUAAUGGAAAUAAUGGUUUAAAAUCAGGGUAUCUAUGCACUCCAGGCCAUGUGCUGUCAGUCGGAGUUCCAAGAGUGCGAAAUAUUCUAAAUAACUGGUCAAUUUCUGAAUCACCCGGAAACAAUGGUCUCAAAGUCAUCUAUUUGAAUAAUUGAAUGCAACAAUAGUAUAAAA